AAAAAAAAAAAAAAUUUGUCCAAUCCCAAAACCCACUUCAAAUUUUCCAUUUCUUCUGUUUUCGUCUUCUUCAAUGUUUCUUUCAGAGCCCGGCAUAUGUAACAUUCUAGGCUGCUCAAAAUCACUCUCUAAUUAACCUUAACAAUGGUGUUCAAGAGCAAACUCUUCUUCUCUUCCAAGAAAUCCUCCGACUCCGAUGGAUCCAACUCCCCUCGAUCCUUCGGAUCCAACUCCCCGAUCGGAUCCGACAAGAAGAAACCGAAAUCCGGUUCUAAAGACGACCCGACCCAGAUCGCAAGUUCCACUACUUCGAGCUUCGGUGGCGUCUCGUGCAGGCAAACCCAAGUCAAAGAUGGAGUCAAGAAGAAGGAAGUUAAAGGAAAGGAAACGACGAGUAGUUUAACGCCGACUGUGUCGACCUCGACUACUACUACGAAGUCGUCUCCGACUAAGCAGAAGGAGGUGGCGAGUGCGGUGUCGCCGAUUCUGGCGUCGUCGCUGGGGCUGAAUCGGAUAAAGACGCGGUCGGGGCCGUUGCCGCAGGAGAGUUUCUUUAGUUUUAAGGGAGAUAAAGCGGCAGCAAGUAAUUUGUCGAGGGGCGGCGGAGAUGGGAAUUUGAGUUCGGGAAAAUCUUUGGCGAGUGGAAGUGGGAGUGGAAAGAAGAAAAUGGGGUUUAAUGAGAGUGUUGGCGGCGAUGGCGGGUCGAUUAGUGGGCAGUCUCGAGAACAGAGCCCGAGUUUGCUGGCGAAGUCCCGGUUGCAGAGCGGCGAAUCAUCAUCUGAAGCAGGGCGAUAUGAAUCAUCAUGGGGCCAUACUGGGGUAUUAAGAAGUUCAGAACUCUGUACACCAGAGACUUCAUAUGAUUGUGAAAACCCAAAGGAGUCUGAAUCUCCCCGAUUUCAAGCUAUACUUCGUGUGACAAGUGCUCCAAGAAAGAGGUUUCCUGCUGAUAUCAAAAGUUUCUCCCACGAAUUAAACUCUAAAGGUGUACGGCCUUUCCCAUUUAUGAAGCCUCGAGGCAUAAAUAAUCUGGAGGAGAUCUUGGUUGUUAUUCGGGCAAAAUUUGACAAAGCAAAGGAAGAAGUGAACUCUGAUCUGGCUGUUUUCGCUGGGGAUCUGGUUGGAAUUCUUGAAAAAAAUGCAGAAACUCAUCCUGACUGGCAGGAAACCAUUGAGGACUUGCUGGUUUUGGCUAGGAGCUGUGCUAUGACAUCACCUGGAGAGUUUUGGCUUCAGUGUGAAGGCAUAGUACAGGAAUUGGAUGAUAGGCGUCAGGAACUUCCGCCUGGUGUGCUAAAGCAACUUCAUACCAAAAUGCUUUUCAUUCUCACAAGGUGUACUAGAUUGUUGCAGUUCCACAAGGAAAGUGGGUUGGCAGAGGAUGUAAAUGUCUUGCAGCUUCGUCAGUCUAGGGUCCUGCAUUCAGCAGAUAAACGAAUUACUCAAGGCAUUGGAAGGGAUGCAAAAGUUCCCAGUACUGUGAAGGCCUCCAAGGCAGCUUCAGCCAGGAAAUCUUAUAGUCAGGAGCAACGUGGCAUGGAUUGGAAGAAAGAGCCUGUUUUUCCAGAGGGUAACAUUCUUUGUCCCACUGAUGACACUGCAAAGAACUUGGAUUCUCCUGCAAGCAGGGAUCGAAUGUCCUCUUGGAAGAAACUUCCAUCUCCAGUUGGAAAGAUCAAGGAAAGUCCUACAUCAAAGGAGCAGACUGAAAGUAAGAAUGAACUUUUGAAACCCUCAAACCACAGAAGAGGAAAAUCUGAUGUGGAUGUGACAGCUUCUAAGCCACCCGAGCUUCCUCCUCCUAAAGAAAACUUGGAACAUUCAUCCAAGCACCAACACAAAGCUUCUUGGGGUUAUUGGGGAGACCAGCAAAAUAUUUCUGAUGAUAGUAGUUCAAUAAUUUGUCGUAUUUGUGAGGAAGAGGUUCCAACCUUACAUGUGGAAGAUCACUCCAGAAUUUGUGCAAUUGCUGAUCGAUGUGACCAAAAGGGUCUAAGUGUCAAUGAACGACUUGUCAGAAUCUCAGAAACCCUUGAGAAGAUGAUGGAAUCCUUUGGACAGAAGGAUAUCCCUCAGGCGGUUGUAGGAAGCCCAGAUGUAGCAAAGGUUUCAAAUUCGAGUGUGACUGAAGAAUCUGAUGUUCUCUCUCCAAAAUUCAGUGAUUGGUCUCGGAGGGGUUCGGAGGACAUGCUUGACUAUGUUCCUGAAGCUGAUAAUUCUGUUUUUAUGGAUGACCUGAAGGGUUUACCGUCCAUGUCAUGUAAAACUCGUUUUGGUCCAAAAUCAGACCAAGGAAUGACAACAUCAUCUGCAGGUAGCAUGACUCCAAGGUCUCCUUUAUUGACACCUAGGACUAGUCAAAUAGAUUUGUUAUUGGCUGGAAAGGGUACUUACUCUGAGCAUGAUGAUUUUCCACAGAUGAAUGAACUUGCUGAUAUUGCAAGAUGUUCGGCAACUACACCAUUGAAUGAUGAAAGGUCCAUUCAGUAUUUGCUAACUUGUCUUGAAGACUUAAGGGUUGUCAUUGACCGUAGGAAGUUCGAUGCACUCACAGUGGAGACCUUUGGGACUCGUAUUGAGAAGCUGAUUCGGGAGAAGUAUUUGCAGCUCUGUGAGCUGGUGGAUGAUGACAAAGUUGAUAUAAGUAGUACUGUAAUUGAAGAAGAUGCUCCUUUGGAAGAUGAUGUUGUUCGUAGCUUGAGAACAAGUCCUAUACAUUCUUCUAAGGAUCGUACCUCGAUAGAUGAUUUUGAGAUAAUAAAACCAAUUAGUCGUGGGGCAUUUGGGCGGGUUUUCUUGGCGAAAAAGAGAACCACAGGGGAUCUUUUUGCAAUAAAGGUUCUUAAAAAGGCAGAUAUGAUCCGGAAGAAUGCAGUUGAAAGUAUAUUAGCAGAACGUGAUAUAUUGAUUUCUGUCCGCAAUCCAUUUGUGGUUCGGUUCUUCUAUUCGUUUACAUGCCGUGAGAACUUGUACCUUGUGAUGGAGUAUUUGAAUGGAGGAGAUUUAUAUUCAUUGUUGAGAAAUUUAGGCUGCUUAGAUGAAGAUGUUGCUCGUGUAUACAUUGCUGAAGUUGUGCUUGCUUUGGAAUAUUUACAUUCUCUUCGCGUGGUUCAUCGUGAUUUGAAGCCUGAUAAUUUGUUGAUUGCACAUGAUGGUCAUAUCAAGUUGACAGACUUUGGGCUUUCCAAAGUUGGUCUCAUCAACAGCACAGAUGAUUUAUCUGGUCCAGCAGUUAGUGGCACAUCAAUAAUGGAGGAUGAUGAGCCGCAGUUGACCGUAUCAGAGCAUCAGCGAGAAAGGCGGAAGAAACGUUCUGCUGUGGGCACACCUGAUUAUUUGGCACCAGAGAUACUUUUGGGAACUGGACAUGGCACAACAGCGGAUUGGUGGUCAGUGGGUGUCAUUCUAUUUGAACUAAUUGUCGGCAUACCACCCUUUAAUGCGGAGCAUCCUCAGCAAAUAUUUGAUAAUAUUCUGAACCGUAAAAUACCCUGGCCUAGCGUACCCGAUGAAAUAAGCGCUGAAGCACAAGAUCUUAUUGAUCGAUUAUUGACCGAAGAUCCACAUCUGAGACUUGGAGCUGGAGGAGCAUCAGAGGUGAAGCAGCAUAUCUUCUUCAAAGAUAUCAACUGGGACACGUUGGCCAGGCAGAAGGCUGCAUUUGUUCCCACUUCAGAGAGUGCACUUGAUACCAGUUACUUCACUAGUCGCUACUCAUGGAAUACUUCAGAUGACCAUGCAUAUCCAGCGAGUGACUUUGAGGACUCCAGUGAUGCUGAUAGCUUAAGUGGCAGCAGUAGUUGCCUGAGUAAUCGCCAAGAAGAAGUGGGAGAUGAAUGUGGAGGUCUUGCAGAGUUCGAAUCUGGCUCGUCUGUCAAUUACUCCUUCAGUAAUUUCUCAUUCAAGAAUCUUUCCCAGCUUGCAUCAAUCAACUAUGAUCUGCUUUCAAAGGGUUGGAAGGAUGAUCCGAAAAACCCUAAUGCAUAGCAACUGUAUCUUCGUAUCAGAAGCUGGAAUCAGCUUUUGACAUUGUAUGGAUGAGGAUGUACCGAUUCACCGGCAUUGUUUGUAUACCUUUGUACAUAUAGAAAACUCGCGACAGAAGCUGCGUUCGGGAUGUGGUCUUUCUUGUUAUAGGUAAAAAAGUUAAAAAACUCCAACUGGGGUUUCAAUUUUUACUGUUGAUUUUUGUUUGAGCUGAGAAGUGCAAAACGUUUCUAACUUAUAAUUCUGUUUUGGCUUAUGAAUUUACUCUGUGAUUUUUGAAUCCAUAGCAAUGAGAACACAUCCCCUCAUUUAUGUUUAAACCCUUGUAAAAAUAUUGCUCAAAUUUUGAAAGCUCCUUAGUUUCUGUCAA